AUGGUCAACGCUGAGCUGCGUCGGCAGGUCAUCAACGUCUACAAAGAGCUUCUAUGGUUAGGGCGCGAGUAUCCUCUAGGCUACCAGUAUUUCAGAGAUCGACUCCAUCGUGCGUUUGUGGGCCAGGCACAUAUUACGGACGAGGAGCAGAUCCGGAAGGGAAUCGCUAGGGCCGAGUUUGUGAAAAAAGGUGAGCUCUUCUGUCUCCGCAGCUCGCUUAUAUCAAAUUGA